UAACUGCACUAGUUCAGAGUUUAUUUUUCUGCUUCCAACGUGGAGGAAAAAAGAUAAACUCUGAAAACUCUAGUGCAGUCAGUUCAGCCAUAAAGAACGACCUAUAGUCUGGCCUGUACUAUCCUGUUUUAGUACCCCUAGCUAAAAAGAAUAAACUUUUGGUUUACACGUGUUUGAUUACACAACAAUAUAAAGUAUCGAUCGUAAUCUGUGGUGGUAAUCGGCCGGUAGUUAUACACAAUUGUAUCAUUUUAUUGGUAUAUUUAUUAAUCCUGUGCAAGUUUUUUACAAAAUUGUUCAGUUUGUCGUGCUCGGCAGAACGAUAUUUAAGAUAAUUCUUCAGAAAAAUGGCAUCGAAAGACUAUUUUCAUACUUUAGAUACGUUCAUAACGGAAUUAUCUGCAGAUUCUGUUGAAUGGUGUCCCGCGGAGCCAUUUAAAGACGUACUAGCGUGCGGAACGUACAAGUUGCCUGAAAUUAAUGACAGUCCGAAUUUAAGAAACAGACGAAUAGGACAAAUUUAUUUAUUUCGUGUAGUGAAAGGCGGAAAAUUAGAAAUGUUGCAUCAGAUAGAUACUUCUGGCAUUUUAGAUAUGAAGUGGAUGCACAUCACGGAUAUCGACAAUAAUAGGAUAUUGCUUGGCGUUGUCAACUCCAAUGGAUACCUGCAAAUCUAUGAGUUAAGAUACGCCGAUUCAGCGCACAACAAAACAGAAUUUAAACUAAUUGCAGAGGAGAAAAUCGGUGCCGAUGAUGAAAAAGUCAUGGCGUUGUCUUUAGAUUGGUCCGUCGGAAGGGGUGCUUGGACUUCUGACUCGAUACCGCACAUUGCCGUGAGUGACAGUCUAGGUCGGAUAUCUCACUUCACAUGGCACGAAACAAGCAAUUUAACGAAAAAUUUCACAUGGUCCGCACAUCAGUUCCAGGCGUGGAUUGUAGCCUUUAAUUACGGCAGCAAGAAUAUUUUUUAUUCCGGAGGCGAUGAUAACAAGUUUCUGACUUUCGAUACAAGAGUAGGAUCUGUUCCCGUAUUCCGCAGUCGUGAGCACAUCUAUGGCGUCACCAGUAUCCAUAAUAACAUCGUUAAACCACACACGCUCGUGACUGGAAGUUAUGAUCAGAUUCUAAGGCUGUGGGAUACGAGAAAUUUAAAUCAACCAAUAUCAAAGAUUGAUCUCGAGGGUGGAAUUUGGCGUUUGAAAUGGGAUCCAUUUAAACAUCAGUAUUUAUUCGCUGCAUGCAUGUCUGAAGGCUUUAGGAUUGUCAAUUGGAGCUCUGAGGUUUUGAUGUCUGUUUGUGGCCAUUAUGAUGAACACUCCGGAUUAUCAUACGGUUGCGAUUGGUCAUCCUUAAACAAGGAAGACCUGAAGCGUUUAAAUAUAUCCACUGGAAACACUCUGAUAAGCACUUGUUCCUAUCAAGAUUGUGCUCUCAAACUAUCCGUAAUUAAUUUCAUGACGGAUGACAAGGUUGACGACUCCACUUCUUAAAGCAAAACAUUUUUUCAUAUAUUGUAUAUAUAGAGCAUCAUUUUUGUAUAUAUAGAGAAUUUGUAAAAUUAAAUAAGAAAA